UCUUUAUUUCGAAUCUUGCAUAAUCAGACCGUGAUUAUUGUUAUCUCCUUUGUAAUCAAACCAUAUAUAUACAUAACUUUAUUUUUCACGAUAUUGAAAAUAAGGUAAUAAAUUCAUAAAUGUACUCUUAAGCUAGGGUUCUAUAGUCUUUUUUUUUUUAUAAUUCUACCUGCCUUAUGAAGAGAAUCUGAGUAGUCAUAUGAGAUUCAUUCCUGACGGUACUCCUUGCGCCAUGUUGAAGAUCUCUUGUAAGUAUUUUCUCUAAUUUUCUGCAUAAUUCGCUUUACUUCUUCCUGUAGAAAUUGCGUUGUCUGGAGUUCAAACCCCAAACCUAGGUGUAGAAACCUUUAAACCUUGACCACUAUGCCACAGUGCUUCCACCAGGGUUCUCUCCGCCCCUAGUAUUUUAGAAGUACUUUCAUAAUGACAUGUAUCACAGUAUCAGUGUCAACCUAUCAAUAUAAAUUGAAAAAAUUGCCUAGACUAACCUAUGAUUUAUAAAAAAUAACUAGAGUACCCCAUCAAAUUUGUUAUUAUUCACAUAACCUAUUUAUAAAUUAAAUAAUUUAAUCAUUUAAUAUUCCCAGAACUACCCUUUUAAAACUUGAUUUCAGAUUAUAAAUCAAAAUACUCUUAAUCUCCCUCAGUCAUUUCUUGAUGCCACAAAGAUUCAAUACGGCAAGGUGAGUGGAAUAGCAAAUACCAUAUAACUUCAUAUCCAUUUGCCAUCUGAUCACAAAACAUAAAGAUGAUAACAUAUAUCAUCUCACGUCAGUGCAUAACAUAUACAUGCUCAAAAAUGAGAUAUCUAAAUCUCCUAAGUCCCAAAUUUAAGAUGUUGAUAAAUUCAAGAUAUUAAUGCCUCCACCUCCCCCCACUAAUCUCACGUUAUAUUAUCAGCCUUAAUGAAAAAUUUAAAGCUAAUCAAAUUGCCUUUCAGACUUUCACCUCAUGCUCACUUAAUUAUAGCUACCGUUUCAGUCUCUUCAAGUUCACAGUUCCUUUGUGUAUAAAAAACUCUUCUCCACUACAACUCUUCCACCACAAUCUUUCCAAGUUCAAAAUGUCGACCUCACUUCUCCUCGUCACUCUUUUCUUCUUGUCCACAACUAUCUCUUCAUCCACUAGCCCUAACCACUUCACCGUCAAGCUGAUCCACCGUGACUCUCCUCAUUCCCCACUCUACAACCCACAAACCACCGCCACCGACCGUCUCAACGCCGCUUUCCUCCGCUCCAUCUCUCGUUCCCGCCGCUUCAACCACAAAUCCCAAACCGAUCUCCAGUCCGGUCUAAUAGGAGCAGGAGGCGAGUUCUUCAUGAGUAUCACCAUCGGUACUCCACCAACGAACGUCCUCGCGAUAGCCGACACAGGGAGUGACCUAACUUGGGUCCAAUGCAAACCAUGUCAACAAUGUUACAAAGAGAACGGUCCAAUCUUCGACAAGAACAAGUCAUCUACGUACAAGAACGUGCCUUGCGACUCACGUCACUGCAACGCUUUAUCUACCAACGAACGUGGAUGCGACGAGUCUCAAAACGUAUGUAAGUACCGUUACUCGUACGGAGACCAAUCGUUCACUAAAGGAGACGUUGCGACAGAGACCAUCUCCGUUGGCACAGCUUCAGGGUCCCCCGUCUCUUUCCCCGGAACUGUCUUCGGUUGCGGCUAUAACAACGGCGGAACCUUCGACGAGACUGGUUCAGGGAUCAUCGGUCUCGGUGGUGGUGAGAUAUCACUAGUUUCACAGCUUGGUUCGUCGAUUUCAAAGAGAUUCUCUUAUUGCUUGUCGCACAAGUCGUCUACCAUGAAUGGAACUAGCGUUAUAAACCUAGGAACAAACUCGAUACCUUCCGGUACAAGUAAAGAUUCCAGCGUGUUAUCCACACCAUUGGUAGAUAAAGAGCCUCAGACUUACUACUACUUAACCCUAGAAGCUAUCUCCGUCGGCAAAACAAAGAUUCCGUACACCGGAAGCUACGGAACAUCCUCGGCGACAACCAAGGGAAACAUCAUCAUCGACUCAGGAACUACACUGACGCUUCUUGACUCAGGUUUCUACAACGGGUUUGGCGCGGCGGUGGAAGAGUCCGUGACUGGAGCCAAGCGUGUGAGUGAUCCACAAGGGCUUUUGUCGCACUGUUUCAAGUCCGGUAACGCGGAGAUAGGCUUGCCGGAGAUAACUAUGCACUUCACCGGCGCUGACGUGAAGUUGAGUCCUCUCAAUGCGUUUGUGAAAGUGAGUGAAGAUAUGGUUUGCAUGAGUAUGAUUCCGACCACUGAGGUUGCCAUCUAUGGGAACUUCGCUCAGAUGGAUUUUCUGGUUGGGUAUGACUUGGAGACGAGAAGGGUGUCGUUUCAACGCAUGGAUUGCUCUGCUGGUUUGGGACUUUAAACGGCUACAGGCUUCGUUUUAUAUUAUCCAUAAUUAUUAAUAUCAUAUGAGGACUAUGUUAUGGAGAUAAAAAAAUCAUAAACAGAGUUUUAAAUAAAUGUGACACCAUUCUUCUCUUUGAUAGUUAGUGACUGAAUGAAACCAGCUCCAAAGUACAACUUGGAAAAUAUGAAAAACAAAGAAUUAGAAAAUUAUUCAGAUUCUUUAUAAAAAUAUUAGUCUACAAUGGUAUAUACAUUUUAGUUCAUAUUCAGAAAAUACUCUCCAUAAAUACUAAUACUAUAUGGGGCCUAUUUUUGGGGAUAUAUAUAUAAAAUCAUAAUCCAAGUUUUUAAUAUGUGACACCAUUCUCUAUAGUUUCUCUUUGAUAGUUUCUGAUUGAAACCAGCUCAAAAUUACAUGGAAUAUACAGAAAUUUAUUCAGAUCUUUCUUAUAAAAAUAUUACAUUGUUUCUACAAUAAUCAUAUACAUUUUAGUUUCACAUUCAGCUCCAAUGAAAAGUUUUAACCAAUACAAGAAAGAUCAUAAAAAAAAACUCAAAGCCAAAAAAUACAGAAAGAGAAACUGAAAAUGAAUGGCUUGAUCAACCUUGUGAUAUAUAAAACAGAAAUCGAAAUAGAGAAGACAGAGACCUGUGAAU